CUGGUGGCCCAGGGUCAGUUCAGGGUGCUGAAGGUUCCUCUGGGCUUCAUUAAGGCCUUACAGUGGUUCUUCGCCAUCUUUGCCUUCUCCACCUGUGGCAGUUACUCUGGGAUGUUCCGGAUAGCGGUGGAUUGUAAGAAUAAGACAUACAGCGACCUGAGGAUAGAGGUGGAGUUUGAGUAUCCCUUCAGACUCCACCAGGUGUACUUUGAGGCCCCCACCUGUAUGGGCCCCGAAAAACAGCAGGUCUUCCUGGUCGGUGACUACUCCUCCUCGGCUGAGUUCUUCGUCACCAUUGGCGUCUUCGCCUUCCUCUACUCUACAGCGGCACUCAGCAUCUACGUCUUCUUCUUCGACAAGUACAAGGAGAACAACAAGGGCCCGCUGAUCGACCUGGGUGUGACAGGAGUGUUCGCCUUUAUGUGGCUGGUGAGCUCAGCGGCGUGGGCUAAAGGUCUGUCUGAUGUGAAGACGGCGACCGACCCGGACAAAGUGAUCACCAUGAUUCCCGCCUGUGAGGCUGAAGGGAACCACUGCCGUGAAGUCCACGACCCGGUGGUGUCCGGACUCAACACCUCGGUG